AUGCGUAUCAUUCAUCUGCUAGUCUGCCUCGUAGCUUUAGGGCUAGCCGAUGCUCGCAAAUGCAACGGCCACGAACAUCUCUGUAAUAGGAAAUACUCAAACGUCACUUUCGUCGGUUCGCACAACGCCAACUUCGUCGGCGAUAGAAUAACUCACAAUCAGAAUGUCCCUGUCACUCGUCAGCUUGACAUUGGCGUCCGAUUUCUGACUAUUCAAACACACUGGAAGGACGGUGAGAUCAGAAUGUGCCACUCCAAGUGUUGGCUUCUUGAUGUGGGAAAGUUGGAGGACUUCUUGUUAGAGGUCAGCCGCUGGAUGAAGAACCACCCUAACGAGGUGGUGACCUUACUGUUGACGAAUCCGACUUCCAUCCGCGGGAGAGACUUUGCCACGGCCUUUCGGAAAGUCGGGAUGGAUAAAAUUGCUUUCACGCCAACCAAGAAACUUACCGUCAAUUCGUGGCCCACGCUCGGUCAACUAAUUGACAACAAGAAAAGGCUUGUUGUUUUCAUGGAUUACCCCGAAAAGCCUAGGCGCGAGAAGUGGAUUAUGGACUGGUUCAGCUACUCCUGGGAGACACCAUAUGGCGAACUAGACAGCAACUUCCCUCACUGCAAGCGCGACCGGCCACAACAGCACAUCGAUGAAUCAAAAUAUAUGUACCUGAUCAACCAUGUCUGGAAUAUAAAGAUGGGCGCGAAGUUCGAGGGAGAAUCUGUCAAGAUUCCCACCAGACUCGCGGCAAACACCACAAACUCCAUGGACUCAAUCAGUAGACAAGUCAAGCUUUGCAAGGCGAAGUGGGGAAAGAUACCCAACGUCAUUUUGCUCGAUUUCAUUGAUGAGGGUGACGCCAUCAAGGCACAGGAUCACUUUAAUUCUUGA